UUUAGUUUGAUUUCUUGUCUACGUGCAAUGUGAUGUAGGAUUGUCGGUCGUGUCCGUACUAGGCGUUCGUUCCGUACUAGCUUAGUGUCAGUGAUAUCGGAAAUAAAAAAAAACGCAAAAUAUCGUGAAAACUAAUGUAUCAAUUAUACCGGGCGGGAUUCUGGAUAGACUAGAUGUAGCCUGUAAAAUUCAACAAAAUUUUGUUUGGCGCUGGAGUAGUAAAAUCGAAUCCACCCUAGCAGCUCUGUUGUGCAAUACGAAUUUGAUGGGACGAUAACACCCGAAAAAGGACCCUGGUCGAAUGCUGUUCGGUGCUUUCUUGUACGCGUUCGAAUUGACUAGUGAAAAAAUUUUGCUGCCGGCAGAUGUGAAUUCUAAAAAUCGUUCGUGAAAAACCAGUGCUCACUUGUAAGUCCAUUCAAUUACGACUGUUCUAAGCUGUGCUAACCGACAUUAUCCCUGGAGAGUGGGUUAGCGGUCGGCUGUUAUUGAUUGUGCUUUGUGCUGAAUCACCCAUUGAAAAAGUAAACAAAGUUGAUCAAGCAACGGCAAACUGAAUUGCACUGAAAAAUUCUGUUGGAGGACGCCAUAAUAAUUGCAUUUUCUGCGAAAGAAAAGCGCCUCCCAUCGGUGGUAUCGAGGGUGUGAAACCCCUAUGUGGAAGUGAUUAACAUCCAACAGAAUCUGCUUCUACUCUGUCGCUCCCCGAAGGAGGAGCGCGGGGGUUGUGGUGAAAGUGUGUACGAGCAAAUCCCACUGUAAGCGAAACGGCGGGAAGUGAUAAUUAUGCUGAUUGCAUAAAAAGUGUGCCCCGGUGGAACCGCUGGGCGUUGAAUAAGCGGGAAGAUGCCAUGCAGUGGUUCGUGAGAAAUAAUAUUUAUCGAAGGCUUACACCUGAUGAAUAAAUAAUUACAUUUUAAUCAACAAUAUUGUGAAUUAUAUUUUACGGAUUCAGUAAUUUUCUGACGCGGCCACGUAUUCGUAUGAAAAUUUAUGCAUCGUCGGAUUUUCCAGCCAAUAAACGUGCGUUGGUUUCCCACCACCGCAGGAAGCAGGAAACAAAUUUUGGGGUGGCGAGAAAAAUAAUCCUGCACAAUCGGCUGGUAUUGAGCACUCGUGAUUAAUGUUUGCGCUGUGGUUUAGAAAAACGCACUUGGUCAGUUGGUUGGGACGUCCAAAGUGUACAUUUAGCAGGGCGGGGUGAACUGGAAUGUAAUUUUGGCCACCCACACAAACCACACCUCAGCGUAGCGAAAACUGUCCGUGAGAGUAGAGAAAAAUCAUCGAUAAUCGUUAUUAAUGUGGAAAAUAUGCGGUGCACAUUUAAGCUAAAUUAUUGAUGACCUGCGAAGCUUAAUGUCAGUUGCUGUCUCACGGUUCGGAAAACGUCACACCGGAACUGUGUACGCAGUUCUGCGAGAGAAAACGUUUUUCCAAUAGGUGCUUCCCGAAUGUGGGGUGAUCUGAGCGGGGUAAUUGUUUAAUAUUUGUGUACAUAUUCACAAAUGAAAUAAAAAGUAUGUUAAUACAAGUAGACGCAAGCGGAAAUCGAAUUGAGUGAAAAUUGUGUCUACAGUGAUCCCAACAGCAGCUUGUAUUUGCGAGGUGAAAUCCAGCAGUAUCAGCAGCAGUAGUGUAUGUAAAUGUGAAAUCCGCUGGUUUAAUCAAAUUAAAAUUAAUUAAUUGUGUGAAUAUAUCUGUAAGUAAGUGUUUGUUGUAGUCUGCAAAAAAAAAUAUACACCGAAUCGCAACGUCAGUGGUGCAGAAGAAAAUGAAGCAGCAUAAAAGCCUGAAAGGCAGUGUGUUUUAUUGAUAAAAAAGUGCUACCGGUGGGUAUAUUCUCGUUUGAUUCGGAUCAAGUUGCAAGUCCGCUUUUAAUUGAUUCCGGUGAAUCGUGGCGUAAAACAGAUAAGCCGCGACUCGAGCGAUCGACCUGAAACCCAUACAUAGGGAGAAAAAAAGUAUAUUUGCAAAAAUAAAAACUUCUGCAUUCCCCGGACUGCCACCGUACGUCCGAACCAGCGUAUUGACUCUGUCACCUGAGUCACGACCAUAUGCAACGAUGGAUUUCCGGCCAGGAAUUGUAACAACAAUCGUUUACGCGCUAACGAUAGUUAUGGUGAUGACGAUUGCAUCAGUACUGGCAGACGAAGGCCUGGACACCCGGGAAGGUGAAACGCUGACGCUGAAAUGUCGUUUUAGCGAGCAGCAGCCGUCCAACGAUUUUACCUACUACUGGGCCCGCUGGACAACAGCCAACAAGUUCGACAACGUGGCCAUCAACAACGUACAGCUCAAUACCAACUACAGAAUUGACUUCCGACCGGAGAAAGGAGUGUACGAUUUGCACAUCACCAACACUUCAUACAGCCGGGAUAAUGGCCGCUUCGAGUGCCGCAUCAAGGCCAGUGGCACCGGUGCCGAUGUGCACCAGGAAUACUACAAUCUGACCGUUCUAACUCCCCCGCAGCCCCCUCUGGUAGCGCCCGGGACGAUUGCGGUUGCAACGGAAGACAAGAAGCUUGAUCUCACCUGCAGCAGUAUAGGCGGAUCGCCAGAUCCGACGAUAAUGUGGUACCGCGUUGGCUCAAACACCGCUCUGCAGGCCCCAAUAAAUCGAGGCGGCUCGAAAGAUCUCCAAACGACGAGUACACUAUCGGUACUGCCCCGCCGUGAGGAUGACGGAGCCAAGUACCGGUGCGUAGUAUGGAACCGUGCCAUGCCCGAGGGACACCGGCUGGAAACGCUUGUCACGCUGUCCGUUAACUAUUAUCCCCGGGUGAAGGUUGGACCGGAAAAUCCACUGCGAGUGGAGCGUGACACGACUGCCAAGCUGGAGUGUUCCGUCGAUGCCAAGCCGAACGUUCCGAAUGUACGAUGGACGCGGAAUGGGCGAUUUAUAAGCUCUUCUCGCUCGCACUCCAUCCAGCGAGUUUCCGUCCAGGAUGCCGGAGAGUACGGCUGCUCCGCAGAUAACGGCUUAGGAAAGGUGGGUGAGCAGCUGAUAAUGCUGGAUGUGUUGUACGCUCCGGUGGUUGUCAUCGAAUCGAAAACCUGGGAGGCUGAAGAACGGGAAACUGUAACGAUACGGUGUAACGUAACAUCCAAUCCACCGCCGAUCACGAUUGAGUGGUUCAAAGAGGGUAGUCCAGAUUUUCGCUACGCCGGAGAUAUUUUACAACUGCGAGAAGUGAAGGCGGAGCAUGCUGGAACCUACGUUUGUCGAGCGGUUAACAUGAUCAAACCGUACGGUGGCAAAAUGGCCGAACGCAUUGGAAACUCCACGGUCGCUUUGUUGGUUCGUCAUCGUCCCGGUCAGGCGUACAUCAAUCCCAACAAACCUGUGGUCCAUGUCGGCAAUGGAGUAACACUUACGUGCUCGGCAAACCCACCUGGAUGGCCAGUUCCACAGUUUCGCUGGUUCAAAGAUGCCGUCGGGGAGGUGUCCUCGAACACAAUACUUGCUCAAGGACCACAAUACGUUAUACCGAGAGCACAUCUCGGAAGUGAGGGUAGCUAUCACUGCCAUGCAGUUAACGAGUUGGGCCAUGGACCGAUGGCGACGAUCAAGCUGGAGGUACAUCAACCACCCCAAUUCAUCCACAAAAUACAGCAACACAUGACGAAACGAGUUGGAGAUACUGAUUUCUCGGCAAGCUGUCACGCCAAGGGCAAACCAAGGCCUACCGCACGGUGGUUGAAGGACGGCAGGGACAUCACCGCAGACGCUAAUAUGUACCGCAUCAGCACUAGCAACAACGAUGGCCUCAGUGGCAUGGUUACCGUCCAAAGUACGCUCGUGUUCCAGGGUAAAGCACGACCCCACAAAACCCAGCUACUACCAAGUGACCGCGGUUUAUACACGUGUUUGUUUGAAAACGAAGUAAGCACUGCUAAUCUCAGUAUGCAUCUUCGCAUUGAACAUGGACCGAUCGUACUGCACCAAUACAACAAAGUUGCCUACGAAAUCAAAGAAACGGCCGAAGUGCUGUGCCGAGUGCAAGCGUACCCUAAACCGGAGUUCCAAUGGCACUUUGGCACAAAUACUGCCGCCCUAUCGAUGUCAUCAGAUGGUCACUACGAGAUAAACACCACCACCGAUAACAACGACAUCUACACCAGCGUACUCCGAAUCAACAACCUAAAACAUCAAGACUACGGAGAUUACACCUGCCGAGUGGGUAAUUCAAUUGAGACCAUCCGAGCGCCGAUCCGACUACAACCGAAAGGACCACCGGAGAAACCUACCAAUCUACACGCGGCUGAUGUUGGAUCGAAUUACGUUUCGCUCGUUUGGGACCCGGGCUUCGACGGUGGCAUUAGCAAUACGAAGUUCUUCGUCUCGUACCGAAAGGUGGCUAUUCCACAUCACGACCAAUUGAAUGGGGAUUGCGGCGUCAUCCAGCAAGUUAGCUCCGAUUGGAUGGAGUUCGACUGUCAGCGUGACGUCCCUUGCAGCGUCACUCCACUAGAUCAGCACCAGAGUUACGUUUUCAAAGUAAAAGCAUUCAACGUCAAAGGUAACUCGGAGCCGUCGAAUGAGAUUGCCACCACUACAAAGGUCAGUAAAGUACCAACGCCGUUGCAUGUGGGAUUCGAUCCCGAAACCAGGCAGCUGGGAGUCAACGUUGGAGCAACCUGCCUGUCGCUGAUCGCCAUCGUUGAAUCGAUUGGUUACCACGACACUCCGAUUUCAACCUGGCAAGUGGUGCAGACGAUUGCGCUAGCAGUUUCCGGCAGUAAACCCACCUACAAGGAGGAAGUGCUGGACAACAUGAUAUCAGCGAGGAGAAGUUCCGCCCGAUCGCUCGGAGACGAUGAUUUGCCGAUGGCUCUGGAGGAGGAGAUCCCACCGCGGGUUAGAGUAAAGCUGUGCCUCAAGUCAAACCACGACCAUUGUGGAGAAUACGUCGAUGCUGAGAUUGGUCCAGCAUACGUUCAUGACUCGUCGAUCAUGGCGACUCCCACACUGAUCGCCAUUGUGGUGUCCUGUGUGGUAUUCGCGUUAUUCGUCGGACUUUUACUGAUGUUCUGUCGGUGCAAAAAGAACAGCACCAAAAAAUCAUCCGCAGCAAAAGACUACGAGAUGGACUCCGUGCGUCCUUCGAUCGUAGCCCAACAAAGUCAGGCACCACCACCCUACUAUCCCACAACCGGACUGGAUAACAAGGCUUUGGAACACUCGAUGGAUCUGGCACUGGCGAUGGAAGAUCAGAAAACUUCCGUUUACGCUACCCAAAACGGGUACGGCUACCACUCCGGUACAAGUCAUCAAGUGCCGAGCCACACCAUCGUCGGCCAAGAAUGGGUCACGAUGGGUUACGCGGAAAACAGCUACACCAACUCGAACAACGGAGGCAGUGUCAAUUCACAGGAUUCAAUUUGGCAGUUAAAAAUGUCGGCAGCUCAGGCAGCCCAAGCAGCAGCAGCGGGCGGAGGAACUCUAAUGUCCGGCCAUCAUUACGCCGAACGACAAGCCCCGAUGCCCGCUACGAGCACGGCUGGUCUAUCGUACGGCGGUUACGAUCCGCUGGUACAUUCCGCCUACGGUACGGUGGAAGACUAUGCCAGCUAUCCGCACCUCGCGACAACGCCUAGUCAGCAGGGGCCCGACGAUGUGUAUCAGCAGCACACGUCACGCCAGAGUCAGAAUCCCUCGCGGCAGGACUACUGUGGCGAUUCCUACGCGUCUGUACAUAAGCCGAAAAAACGACUAGACCAAUCUCAUUUAGAUUCAUCGUCGUAUCACGAUGUUAGCGGUCUUCCUGAUCCAUACCUGGAGCACCUUCAGCUUCACUCCCACCAGCAAGACCAGGAAGAUAGUAAUUCACUCCUUCAGCAUCAGCAACAGCAGCACCAGGUGCAACAACAACAACAACAACAACAGCAGCAGCAGCAGCAAAUGUCCCUAAACUACGACGAAAACCUGGAGAGUGGUUACUCGACGCCCAACUCCCGGAAUCGACGCGUGAUACGAGAGAUAAUUGUCUGAGAACAGCCCAGGGUACGUUUCGCCAACGGAACGUGCCUGUGAAUCGUCUGCUCCACCUGCUAAUUCCUUCACUAUAGACAAAAACACAACUAUCAACCAAACCGAAAACCUGCGACACUCGCUCUCUGUCUCUCUAACCUGUUUUUACUAUGUAAAUAAAGUGAACCAAACGAGGGAACCCGCACUCCUGUACUUACAAUUACAGCAGAACGAAGAGCGUUGGAUGCAUCUUCCGAAAUAGGCAAAAAUUAUCCUGUUAGCAAAAUGCCCAAUAGAUCGGCAACGGUUGCGUGGCAAGCGCCUGACGGAAACCACAAAACGGUUUCGAUAAGUUUUCCGAGCAAAAAAAAACCAACACCAUCCUUUCAUAAUGACAGUGAUUCGCGAAAACCAUUCCUCGCUUCAGGAUGUACUGGAAACAAAAAAAACGAUUAACUGUCCGACAAAUUACUAUUAUUGCAAUUGUAUUACCUGCCUCGCUUCUUUUAUAUUAACAUUAAAUAAAUAACAUCCAAUAACAGGCAUUUGGGAAAAUGUCACCAAAAAAAGCAAUAUGCACACAAACGGAACCAAUUGCAUCACGGUAGUCACUGCAGAGCAAAUGAACAUUGUUUGCAUUGAUGCGUGUGCCGCUUAAUUGUCAUUUCAUAUCAUUUCGCUGUUGGCAGUUUGUUCGCAUGCGCAUGCGGCAUAAAAACUCUACUGGCAGUCAUACCCGUACGCAUAUAAUGAGGAAAGGAACUGCGUUCUCCUGUCGCCUCACCCCCACACUGAGGUUUAUUUUUUUUUUCUCCCUUGAUUUACUAAGCCCACCGUAACAGGCUUGCCCCGUAAUCGUUGCCACCUGACGCUAGAAUAUGUAAUGUUUCAUUGGUUUAUAUUUUUAAUUAAAUUGUAUCAUUAUAUACAUAAAGAUACGUGCCCUUAAAGGGAAUAUAAUUCGAUUGCGAAUUAUACGAGCGAAAGAGAACCGAAUCGACGACUGGUCGUGUGAGAGUGAGAUGGGGGCAACAUAAAAACAAGGAGAACCAUAACUCAACGUACUUUAGUAAACGUUUCAGUGUAUUCGAGAACGAGUGAGUAAAAUAUAUUUUAUAUGAAAUUACCAGUGUUUAAAACAUUUGCACAAACAUAAAAAAUAAAAACCCAGUCACAGCAAAUGAGAUCAAACACGUAAAUGCCUGCCUAGUUAUAUCAACUCUCCCGAGGUACGGAACACUUUGUACACGCCGAAUAGAAAAAAGAAAAUAAAAACUAAGAAAGCAGAAUUUUAUUUAGAACUUAAACAAACAAUUGUUUGCGAAGCAGCAGAAAAAUCUGUGUAUAAAAAUCGAAUUUAUCUAGGGUCAAGCGAAAGAGGAUAGCGAAAGCAACUGUAUGGCUAAAAACGAUGAUAUAGCUGUAUUUUAUCUCGAGCAAUUGUUUUAAAUCCAUUCAACCCCACAAAACUGUUUAUACCUAUGCCGUCUACAUUAAUAAACAAACAAACAAACAAAAUAUUGCAAACAUAAAAACAAAGGAAGCAUCGCUGUUUCUAUGUACAUGUGAAUCGUCGUGUGUGUGAUAAAACCGCAAAAACAAAAUACAAAACAUAUUUUAUGCAAAACAUUACCUAAACGGCGCAGUCCUGUGAUUUGGCAGCACUGUCUUCGCACAGCCUCUACCUGUCUCGCAGUAUAAUAGUGAAACCGUUGCGUACCAGUUGCAGCAUUUUGUUUGCCCACCGCGAGGCCCUAUUUUACUGUACAGUAGUUGUUGGAUAUUACAAAUUGCAUGAAUCUCCUCUAUGUACAAACGGCUUACGUGCAAAUGCAUAUUUUAAAAACAGUCACAAAAAGCGCGCGCGAAUGUUCUGAAUUUUAUAGUUUCGAGUCGAUGUAUUCAAUAUUUUACUUUAUGAAUUUUAAUGUAAUUCUUGUAUUAUAGCGUUUCCAACCGAAUGUUUUUCAUUAGUGAAAAAAAACCUGCCAUAGGGGCCAGCUUCGAACCAAAUGGUCUUGAAUAUUCUGUUUGUAUCGGGUAACGAUAGGUUCGAAAUAAACAAAUAAUAAUGAUUCAGACUCAACUGAGAGCAAUUACCCUAUUGACUGAACAUGAAUAAUGCACUCUCCCACGGAAAGUGUAACGUAACGGUAACGCCGCGCAUAGAAUUAUAACUCUGGUUCGUGUAUUGGGAAGCGUUUGUAGACCUCGCAAAAGCGGAUGCUACAAACGCUUUUCUCUCACUCGGUUAUUUCCGUACACUACCAGGCGUCUCCCUUGGUAAUCUAACAAAAUGGAAACUUACCGGUUAAAUUCAAGUUCUAAACAUACUCCAGGUGAUCGAAACUUUUGGCAAGACACUACGUUAAUUUAGUUUUACCUUAAGAUAUUUAAUUUCAAUCCAAAAAAAUACUUUUACGAUUAAUUCGUUGUUAUUAUAUGUUUGUAUGAUCUCGCACAAAUUUAUGUUCGCAAUAUGCUAUAAUGUCACUAUGCCGUACUCGCGAAGCAAAAAAACACGAUGAUAUUGUUUUCAUGUACUCUUCCGCUAAAUUUAACUCAAUGUAUUAAUAUUUACGAUUGGAUUCCUACCAGAGAGCACAGGAACUAAUGAUCGAUGUAGAUAAAUUCCUUGUUUUUUAGAUAGGGAGCUAUUCUAUUAUUUGCCAAGCCUUACCAGUUAAGAAGCUAAAUACAGCAAAAGCGGCUUUCGAGCGAAGAAACAAGAAUUAAAUUUGCAGUUAGGUGGGUGUGCGUCACUUUAUGUAAAACGAUAAGCAAAAAAUGCUCUAUAGCUUUAAGAAGUCCUUCGAUUCUGCAACUGAAUAUACUUUCCAAAAAUGUAUACCCGAUCCUACAGCACUCGUGGAAUACCUUGAUGGACAGUAUACAAUCACGGCGUUUAAUUAGGUCGAGAGAAAAAUAAGCAUUUGUAAAUAUACAGAUUAAGUAUAGGGCAAACCAGAAGAUAGCAGCACGAAAAAUGCAGCAUCACUAAUUAUAAAAGCAAGACGGUGCAGACAUAGAAAGAAGCAAAAAAGCGCAGGAGCUAAGCUGGAGAGAAAGAAAAUGCCAGCCAGCCGCGCUAAACGAGGAAAUUAUUUUACGUAUGGUAAGGCAAACACUGUUGCAGAAAAAGUUAAUUGGUAUCGUCGCAAAAAGGAAGAAAAACUAUCUCCUGUCAUGCGAUUUACGUACGCGUACGGCUGGCAGCAUUUUCUUUCUCCCAGAUUGUAGCGUGAGAAGAACCGACCGCGAACGCCCAACCGGGCAAAAACGGUCCGUGAGGAAUGAUAAAGUUUUAACAGAUUAAGAAAAAUAUGUACGCUAAUAUAUGAAGAAACUCACUGGAAGAAAGAAGAGAAACUAUGAGAAAUAAAAAACUUUUUUAAUGUAAAUAA